AAGAAUUUCGGCGUUUGAACUUCUCCUCUGUGGUAUCUUCGGGAUUCCCGUGCAUCAGUUACAUACCGACGAACUACUCGGCCAGCUUGUUAUCACUGCACUUGCACUGUGAAUUCGACGAGCAUGUUGGCAAAUUCGACGGUAGCCCAUCGUUCCUGCGACAGACGAUGACGAUGCGAUUGUUCUGAGCGGCGGCAACACUUACGCAGACGCCGUAACGCCAGGAAAUUGCGACUUGGCUCUUUGUGCACGGUCAAUCAGCAGAAAGAUACUGUUAAAGACAACCCGGUUUUUGAUAUCCCGAUAUUCAAUGUAGCGGGCGCCAACCAGCAUUGAAAUACAUGUGUAUUAAGGAGGACACUCAGCAGAUGCCAGCUGCUGCACUAAAAGCCAUGCACCUCGAGCAGUGGACGUAUCCAGUGCCGAGUCUCUCGUCCGAUGCUCGAGAAGCUUUGACUGAAAUGGCCCACAGCAUAUGGCAGGGUGCAAUUUCUCUCCUUUUACCUACCGUGCUCCUUUACCUUGCCCUAUACGCCCUGGUGAAGCGGCGUGUGAAAGUAUACGAAAAUCUGAGCGUUAUGGCUAUGUUUGCAUUUGCGGUGAGCAGCAUUGUCACGGUAGUGCCAUGCAGCACCAUCCGAAGUCUGCAAUUAUUCUGCGUGGCAAUUGGUAUCAUGAAAGCCAUGGACUUCUAUGUGCGCAGACAUGCUCCGCCGCAAUACACCCAUGCUACUAGGCCGUCCGACGCAAUAAUUGCUCUCCUCUAUCUCACAGAACUCCGCUAUGAAUCAUUUACUCCAAACCAUGUGCGCACAGCACCAGCACCAUCUAUGUCAGAAAUUAUCGAACCGAAAUCACGAACAAGGGCCUCUUCCAAUCACCAUGGCAGGUCGUAUUUCAGCAAAUUCUCCAAACCCAACUUCUCCGAACCGACAAACCUGAUCCUCCACAUCCUGCUCUUCACCAUCCUGCAAACCCUCUUUCCGCAAUCGAAUCCUACUAUUCUCGCCGUUCAGAUCCUCCUGGCGAUAUACAUACUCUGGGAAUCUAUGCAGCUCGUACUUCGGUAUCGCACCAGCCCACCCCUUUUCGGCCCAGUGUACACCGCAACAUCGCUUAGCUCCUUUUGGAGUGAGACCUGGCACAGUGCGUUCGCCAGUCCUUGCCACUCGCUCGCUUAUGGACCACUUCGUCGUAUCCUUCCACUAAGAUACGGCAUGCCCGUCGCCUUCGCGCGUGGAAUAGGAAUAAUCGCGUCUUUCAUACUAAUGGGUUUUUUCCACGUAUACGCUUUGGCGCCGUUGUUGCCCCUGGACGCCCUGCUGCGCAUAUCUGCUUUCUUUUUGUUGAAUGGCGUGGGGACAGUGAUGGAGGAGGCCUUGUGGGGAAGGCAGUCGCACUGGGGAAAGACAAUCCUGGCGUGGGUGUUUGAGCUGGCGAUUGCUAGCUGGACGGUGGAAGGCCUUUCGGUUCCUAGGGGGUUGAGGAAUGUUUCGUGGAAGAAUGUUUGCAAUGUGGGAAGGGAGACCGAAAUGAUUUUCACAUAA